AGAAAAGAAGGAAUAACAGUUGUGCCAUAAAAGGCCGAGGUCAUGUGCAGCUUAUGCAUUGCACCAACUGCGCCCGGUGCGUGCCCAAGGACAAGGCCAUUCAGAAGUUUGUCAUUCGAAACGUCGCAGAGGCCGCAGCCGUUAGGGACAUCUCCGAAGCCAGUGUCUUCAACGCCGACAUGCUUCCCCAGCUGUAUGUGAAGCUGCAUUACUGUGUGGGCUGUGCCGUUCACAGCAAGGUCGUCAGGAACUGUUCUCACGAAGCCUGGAAGGACUGA